AUGAAGCAUCUUAAUCCUAUAUCAUAUGCAAACCAGACCUUGAGACCGGCUGCAAAUUUAUUAGUUACUCAUACGGGAGACCAUUUCUAUCAAUACGGACCCGAAAACCUCGGCAAUUUUAAAGAAAACUAUGAUUUAUUAUUGUUUCAUUCAGAAUCAGCAGUACAAAAACUGCGACAUAAUGGUUUAUGGGCCGUUGAUGGUACUUUUAGCAUGAUUUUAUUUUCAUAUUUUCAAUUGUAUACUAUAAACUAUGUCCCAGAUAACCAUGUUUUUCCCGUUGUUUUUUCAAUAUUAAAAAAUAAAAGCCAUUAG